CCGACGAAAAGCUAGGGAAAAAACACUGUCGUCUUUGGGAUACCCGUGAAAAGAUGCGGCAGGCAAAUCGAGGAACGGAGGAACGCAUCAACGCAGAGCGAAACGAAGUUCAACUCCAAUCAAAUGGUAAUCAGGCCCAGCUUCUCUUCGUAUGAGUUGGUAACCUAUAAAAUACCUACCUAGGUCUUAUUUGCACUCCUAGAUGCCGUUGUACCUGCUAUCUCGAUUGAAGAUUCUUUGGGAGUGAAGACGAGUCCAAUGCAUCUUAAGCUUUCCCGCGAUGAGUUCAAACAUGAGACAAGUAACUCCCCAAACAUUGAACAAUUUCGCGAGUAUAUGACAGCCAGAGCAGUCGACAACCCCAUAUUUAGAGACACAGUCCGAAAGACAGUAGUGAGUCUUCCGCUCAGCAUAAGAAGCCAGUUGCGUGCUCUCCUAGGUUUUAUGACGACACAUCUCGGAAGCCUCGUAAGUACUGGCUAUUGGUCGGCUAUCAACGCACAGCCGCUUAACAUCCGAGAAGCCAUCCUUCAUUCAUGGGAAAAUUCUUGGCUAUCAUUAUGGACUACGUUAGCAAAAACAUUUACCCUCAUGGCCAAGGUUGCUUGGUGCCGAGCAGACCCAUUAUUCCUACAGCUUAACAACUAUAGCAUACCCUCUCAAGAGCCGGGUCCUACUCUCGACUUCGAUUUCGUCCAAUUUGAGGCUUCUCCCGAACCUGCAGUUAUUGAAACUGAUGUUGUCAUCGUGGGUUCAGGCUGUGGCGGGGGUGUCUGCGCGAGAGUCCUCGCUGAAGCUGGCCAUCGUGUCCUUGUGGUUGACAAGGGCUACUAUUACCCCCCAAACCAACUCCCAGUAGAAGCGAAAGACCUGCUAAAUUUAUGGGAAGGCGGAGGUCUGUCAACUGUAGAUGGCUCGGUCAUGGUUACAGCCGGAAAGUGCUGGGGUGGUGGGGGUGUAAUCAACUGGAGCGCGAGCUUACACCCACAACAAUUUGUGCGGGAGGAAUGGGCAGCUGGCGGUCUUGGUUUCUUCACAAGCCAGGAGUUCCAAGACUGCUUGGAUCGGGUAUGCGAUGCUCUGGGUGUUACCGAUGCCAACAUUAAACAUAACCAUAGCAACCGAGUCCUGCUUGAGGGCGCCGAAAAACUCGGCUGGGGGGCGAGAUCCGUUCCUCAAAACACCGAGGCUGGCCAUGAAUGUGGCUGUCAUUGUGGCCUUGGUUGUAGGGCCGCUAACAAAAAAAGCCCAGCCGUCUCCUGGUUACCAACGGCAGCAAGAACCGGCCGAGCACGCUUUAUCGAGGGGCUUGAUAUCUCCCGAGUCACUUUUGAUGAUGAUAACGUUAGGGUAGGUAAAGCCACUGGAGUUAUAGGCAAAUGGACCUCGCGCGACCAGGAUGGAAAGAUGAACACCGAGAAGCCGAAGACGAAGCGAGACAUCCACAUCAAAGCCAAGAAAGUUGUCAUUUCCAGUGGCGCACUGAAUAGCCCCCUCAUACUAUUAAGGAGCGGGUUAAAGAACCCCAACAUCGGGAGACAUCUCCAUCUACAUCCACUGAACAGUUUAACCGCUGUAUUUAGAGAACCGAUAAAGGGCUGGCAAGGUGAGAUCGUAACCAGUCUGGUAUCGGAGUUUGAAGACCUCGAUGGGCAUGGUCAUGGUGCUAAGAUUGAGCCUUGCUCUAUGCUUCCAUUAAUGACGUUGACUCAACUUCCCUGGCAAGGUGGCUUACAAUUUAAGAUAGACGCACUCAAAUACCAACGAAUGAAUGCCUAUAUGUCGAUAAUUCGGGACCGUGACACGGGCUACGUCUUUUCGAACCCAGAAAAUGGAAGCCCAGCCAUAGGUUACACAGUCUCCAAGUUUGAUCGUCGGAGCAUCAUCACUGGCCUUAUUGGCAGUGCCAAAAUUUGUUAUAUUCAAGGCGCGACCGAAAUAUUUUCCGGUAUACCUGGAAUAGAAUCGUUUCGAUCCUCCAAGCCUGCCGAGGACCGAAGUUUGAAUGAUCCAGAGUUUGUUAAAUGGGUUACCAAACUCGAGCGAGCGGAUCUCAAACCAUCAUCGGCUGUGCUUAACUCCGGCCAUCAGAUGAGCACAUGUCGUAUGAGCAAAAGCAGCGAGCACGGUGUUGUAGACGAGUCCGGAAAGGCAUUUGGUACGGAAAACUUGUAUAUCGCCGACUCAAGUGUAUUCCCCUCAACGACUGGUAACAACCCGAUGAUUACUAUCAUGGCCAUAGCAGAUCAUAUCGCUAGGGGAAUUUCGGGAAACAUGAAUUAAUCUUGUGUCAAGCUAGACACGACAGUAUUAAUGGAAUAAAUUGGAACAAGCAUGGAUUAUGGAAGAAUAUAAGGCCUCUGUAGAUUUUAAAAGAGAAAAUCCCUAUUUUUCUUUUCUUUUCGGUUGGCUUAAAAGCGGCGUAUCCCUGAAUUUCCAGGCAACGUAAAUAACUCCGAAGGGCGUGAGACGUGCUUUUAAAAGGCGUAAUGGCAUGGAUGGAGGGGCACAGCGCCUACAAUGCUCUAUGAUUGGCUAGUGAAGUAAAUUGAUGCGGGUUUAUAAACAAAGACAUUUUCUCGUCUCUCGGAAGAGGAAC